AUGGCGAGGGCAGGGCCCGGGAGGGCCGGGGGCGCCCGCCGGGGCCGGGAACAGCGGCGGCCCCCGACGUGGGAGAUCUCGGACUCGGACGCCGAGGGCCCGGCUAGCGUGGAGACCCCCGCGACGACUCGGGAGCCGGCGGGAGAGCGCAGGCCGGCGGCCGAGGCGCUGCGGUGGCUGCGGCCCGGGCAGGCGGUGCGUCGCCUGGCGGUGCUCGUGGACCCAGCCGUCCUGGAAGACGCGGGUGCCGACACCCUGAUGGAGGCCCUGCACGCCCUGGGCUGUGAGCCCCGCGUGGAGCCGCAGCGCCCGGCGCGGAGCCUCCGCUGGAGCCGAGCGAGCCCAGACCCUUGCCCGCGCGAUGUGCCCCCUGAGGUGUGGGCUGAGGAUGAGCCCCACGUGCUGCUGCUGCUGGAGCCUGAAGAGUUUGUACGCGGAGUGGUCCAGCUGACCCAGGUAUGUGGCCUGACCUGUUCUGUGCCCUGGGUCACACCUGAGAGCCCUGCCUGCCUCCACCUGGCUGUCAUCGGGCUGGACGCUUACCUGUGGUCUCAGCAGCCCAGAGCCCAGGAGACACAGCAGCCAGGGCAUCCAGCGGUCACUCGCACCAAGGGGGCGGUCGGCUGGCCUGAGGUGGAGGAGGCCCUGGUGCACCUGCAGCUCUGGGCGAACGUGGACGUGCUGCUGGUGGCCUCCUGGCAGGAGCUGAGCCAGCACGUGUGCGCCUUCACCAAGGCCCUCGCCCAGCGCCCCUUCAAGCAGGCCCGGGAGUCUGGGGCCUUCCCCUUCUGCACCUCUGGGCGCUGGGCGGCAGGCGAGCGAGUGGCCAGAGACGGCGCAGGGCUGCGGGGGGCCUGGUGGCGGCAGGUCAGGCAGUUCAACCGCGUCAGCCCGGCCGUGGCUGACACUGUUGUCAGUGCCUUCCCAUCCCCCCGCCUGCUGCAACAGGCGUACAUGGCCUGUGGCAUGGAGCAGGAGCGCCUGGCCCUGCUGGCCGACCUCCCAGUGAAGACGGGCAAGGGUGUGCCGCCCCGCAGGGUGGGGCCCGACCUCUCCCGCCGCAUCUGCCUCUUCCUGACCACCACUGACCCCGACCUCCUGCUGGACCUGGGUUCCUGA